GAGACGGCACCCAGCCAUUACGUCUCUUUUUGAGCUAGCGUACGGUCUGUCGAAAAUACAGGCACGAGAUUUUGUACACGCAUACCAACCAUUUCCAGUUGUGACUUGGAAGCACAAGGUUGAUCGUUGGCUUUGGGCAGGGGACGGAGCCAACGACCUGGGCUGAGUCGGACUAGGCUUCUUUCUCCACGGCCGCCAAAUUCAUCUCCACAACCCAGGCAGCUUGUCGACCCUCCCCUCAUGCAAAGGGGCAGAUCGAACAACCCAUCUGCCCGGUCCGCACCCGCAGCCAGCAUCUCUCGCAGGUACAUUGACUUACCAGGUACAAGUGAUUGCCAUGAUCCGUUGCGUCUUCUAUAUUGUAUCCCUCCACCAAGUCACAGCCCUUCCUGCGGCAACUCCUACAUUGCAAGACGUCGGACGCACCAACGCCUCUCGACUUGGACCUACCGAACGCAAGAAACGCGGAUAGAUUGGCAAACAACCAACAGCCAAGGUGUUAUUCUCCAUUUGACAUCACCGCCCACUCCCGACAAUUCAUUACAAGCCAAUAACCAGAGUCUCGGAUUCGUGUUACGAAGAGAUAUAAGACGGACGUACUCUCCCGCCUUUCAGCUCUUGGAAAGAAACACUCUUCAUCCAGCCAGAACAACCACAGCAACAGCAACAGCUACUAUCACAAUACGCACCAGACUCUCCAUCUUGCGACCUAUACUGAAACACCACGAUCUCAGUCUCAACAACGCGCACGUUCAUCGCGAAAGCCUCCACAGUUCCCUCUCCCCUUAUCCCCCUCUUUCAAAGAAACCUCCUUUCAGUCAAAAUGUGCAGCAGACCCAUCAUCACCUACGCGUGCGGCCACGUUGAGGUGGGAGCGUCGUGGGCUUGUGCCAGCGCCAAGACGUCG